CCCGCCCGCGGCCUUGCUGGAGCUGAGGAUGGGCGGAGGCCGCGUUGCGGGUGCAGGUAGUUACCGGCGCCUCCGGGUGAGCCUUGACGCCCUGCCGGCUCGCCGCAGGUCCUCGCCGGUGCCGUGCGGCGCACACCCGGAGGCCCGGCACCUGCUGCGGGAGAGAGGCCGAGUGGAUGUGUGCGUAGCCGAGCCCGGCAUCCUGACGUGCCUCCCAAACGUGGGGACCAGGCUGCCUUCAGAGCCCUUCCUGAAAUGCAGGCGGGCGGCCGCGGUGGGGGAGGACCCUGGAGACAGAGGUAGACCGGGGGCCGUCUCGGAGGCAGGACCGCAAUGUGACCACAGAAAAAUAGAGACAGGCUGCAACCCAACACAUGCACAAGCCGGCUGUACAUGCCACACCUGUUCAUGGGCUCGGGAUCUGCAUCUGUGAAGUGGGUUAGUCCUACCCACAGCUCUGCGGGGUCUACUGGAGCCUUGGAAGAGGAAGGGGAGCAAGAGCUUGUCAAGGCUCCUGAUUGGCCAGUGCGCAGUUUAAAGGUACGGGCGCCGAAUCGGCGGGAACCUGCGGGGCGUAGUGGGAGUGCAGCUGCCUGCUGAAGGGGUCUCCGAGCCGCCAUGAGCUGUGUCAACCUACCCACCGUGCUGCCCGGCUCCCCCAGCAAGACCCGGGGGCAGAUCCAGGUGAUUCUCGGGCCCAUGUUCUCGGGAAAAAGCACCGAGCUGAUGAGGCGAGUCCGCCGCUUCCAGAUCGCCCAGUACAAGUGCCUUGUCAUCAAAUAUGCCAAAGACACCCGCUACAGCAACAGCUUCUCCACUCACGACCGGAACACCAUGGAUGCUCUGCCGGCCUGCCUGCUGCGGGACACGGCCCAGGAGGCCCUGGGUGCGGCUGUCAUCGGCAUCGACGAGGGGCAGUUCUUCCCUGACAUCGUGGAGUUCUGUGAGACCAUGGCCAACGCCGGCAAGACGGUGAUCGUGGCCGCGCUGGACGGGACUUUCCAGAGGAAGGCGUUUGGUGCCAUCCUGAACCUGGUGCCCCUGGCCGAGAGCGUGGUGAAGCUGACCGCUGUGUGCAUGGAGUGCUUCCGGGAAGCCGCCUACACCAAGAGGCUGGGCCUGGAGAAGGAGGUCGAGGUGAUCGGAGGAGCAGACAAGUACCACUCCGUGUGUCGCCUCUGCUACUUCAAGAAGUCCUCCGUGCAGCCUGCAGGGCAGGACAACAAGGAGAACUGCCCCGCACUGGGGAGGGCUGGGGAAGCCGCCGCUGUCCGGAAGCUCUUUGCCCCGCAGCAGGUCCUGCAGUGCAGCCCCACCAACUGAGGCCCAGGACCUGCCCCCGGCCCUGCUGCUGCCCCUGCACGCUGUGUGGCCUUCUGAGGAGCCUGGGGAGGGCAGGAGGGUCUGCCUGUGGGGCUUGCCAUGUGACAGGAGUCCUCCCUGUGCCUGGUCUGCUGUCACAUCUUCCCUCCCUGGUUCCUUUCUCAGUUCUCCCAGCUGCUGGGAAGGUCUGCCCUGGGCUGGAGCCGGCGUGUCUGGUGGUUUGGGGUCUGGCUGCUGCAGCUGAGGGCAGAGUGGCAUGCUGUUGUGACAUGGGUGCUGCGGGCUGGCUUCCUCCUUGGUGCCGCCACCGCGGGUUUCUGUUCUCCUUGGAAAGUUUGCACCACACUUCAGCCCAUCCCCACAAAGCCCGGGGCUGCUCCUGAGGAUCACCUGCACUGCUGACCACUGCUGCACUUUGGGCUGAAAGCCCUUCCUAUGUUUUGCAGAAUGACAUCAUCUUUCACAUGGGUGGCAAGAGCCAGCUGGGGCUCAGACCCCAGGGGCUUGUUUCGUAGAGAGGGAGGGGAGGGGAGGGAGGGGGCCAUGCAUU